AUGGAGGGAAAACUUCUCUUCACAAUUGCCAAAAGAAAAGCAAUAUUCCAUGUUACUAGUGAAUUGACCACCUCGAUAAUAAUCUCGUGUGAUGAGUGGGAACCGGGGGCCAUUCACUCCUCUCACAUCAAUGGAGACAUUCUGGUGGGGAUGAAUAAAAAUAAAGAAUUGAAGGUGACCAGAUUCAGCAAAGAAGGGAGGAAACUCCAGGUGAUCCAAAGAGAUGAAGAAGGGAUCAACCUUUAUAAGAGUAUAACCUACAUCACAGAGAACAUUAACGGUGACAUCUGUACAUCAGACUAUACCGCCCACAGCGUCGUAGGGGUGAGAAGAUCCGGAGAGCACCGGUUCUCUUACUUCGGGCACCAGUCUCAGGCUGGAUUCCAUCCUUAUGGAAUCUGUACUGACAAGCUGGUACAUAUCUUGGUGUGUAAUAGUUACUGCUCCUAG